AUGGCUCCCUCAGCAAUCACCACGACUCCCGAAAUCGACACCCUCCCCAUCAAACCCAAAUCCCAACACCAAGAGAUCGACAAGAAGAAAUCCCCCCUCGAACUCAUCUCCCAAGGCACCUCCCUCCCCGGAAUCCCCACCUUCGUCUCCUUCUCCGAACACCGCCGAUGGAUGCUCGAACACAUGGCCAUCGCCUUCCGGGUCUUCGCGCGCAAAGGCUACACCGAAGGCAUGUCGGGCCACAUCUCCGUGCGCGACCCGGAGAACCCGCACACGUUCUGGACGAACCCACUAGGCCGCCACUUCGGGUUGUUGAAAGCGAGUGAUAUGAUUUUGGUGGAUUAUGAUGGCAAGGCGAUUGGCGGCAAUAUGAGCCGGCCGGCGAAUGCGGCGGGGUUUUUGAUUCAUUCGGCGGUGCAUAAGGCGCGCCCGGAUGUCGUUGCGGCUUGUCAUACGCAUAGUCCGUAUGGCAAGGCUUGGAGCUCGUUUGCGAGGCCGGUGGAGAUGUUGAAUCAGGAUGUUACGUAUUUUUAUGGGGAUGCGCAGGCGGUUUAUAAGGACUUUGGGGGUGUUGUACUCGACGAGGCGGAGGGCAAGCGUCUGGCUGCUGCGUUGGGACCGAACGGAAAGGGCAUGAUUCUGAGGAACCACGGCCUGCUCACUGUCGGCAAUACCGUGGACGAGGCCGCCUACCUCUACACCCUCCUCGAGCGAAGCUGUGAAGUCCAGCUGCUUGCCGAAGCUGCCGCCGCCAACGGCAUUCCGAAGGUCUACGUUCCAGAUGAGGCCGCGAAGUUCACAUUUGAGUCCGCCAGCGACCCUGAGUCGUUGUACUGGGAGUUCCAGCCAGACCUGGAGUACGAAGAGGAGAUGUGUGGCGGUGCGCACAAGUUGUGA